UUUUUGGUCUGUUUGGCUUUCCGUAGUGUCCUGGUUGUUUCGUACGCAUACACACACACACCUUGUGUUUAUGUGUAGGUUUUCUUUGUCACCACGGUUCAAAACGUGUUUACAGCUGUCAGAGCUGAACCAACUUAAAACGUGAACACAGGGAGUCAUGCUCCGGUGCAGGAGGUGUCGGAAGGGUGUCAUAGACUCAGCAUGUGUGGCGAUGGUGGAGGACACGAUGGAAAACCCAGCUACUGUUUGUAGCAUUUGGCACGUGAAUAUUGACACAAUGCCGGAGUGGAUGCUGACCUCAGUUCACCAGGCCCAGUGGACUGUGGGAAAACUGAACUGCCAGAACUGUGGAGCUCGAUUGGGCGGCUUCAAUUUCAUUAACCGUAGCGAGUGUCCCUGUGGCCUGGAUGCCACCGUCCACCUCAGCAAGAGCCGCGUGGAACGCGAUAUCAAACAUUACGUUCUCAUUGUCCAGCCGAAGAGGUCGAGGCCUGAGAAGGACCAGGCAGAUCUGCUGAUACAGCGCCCUCACAACAGCGAGGAGAGGUCAGAGAUAAACAGAACUGCCUUGGACAGUUUACAGCUGAACUGUGCCACUGUCAACCCUGCACAGAGCAAGAGUAAAAACACCCAGUCGUUUCCUUUCAGUCCUCUGUACUGCAUCUCUCAUAGGAGAAGAUGCAGUUUGGAAGAUGAUGGCCCCUUCAGGUCUUCAUGUUUUUGCCUUGCAGGUCUUAUGGACAAAUCUGUUGUUGAUUUGUCAAGGACAAGGGGUGAUGAGCCAACACAGUCACCUGUCUCUUUUCCCACAAGUCAGCACUUUGAGACAGAAGCUGACGCUUCACCCACCGCUGCCCCCUGUCUACGUGUCUCUGAGAGUGGACGGACAGCACUGGAUCAACAGCUGCUGCAGACUGUGGAGGAUGCCCAGUUCUCUGCAGAGAGCACAGCUGCUGAUGAGGAACGUUUUGAUUCAGCCCCGUUCCUUAGACGAAGACAUGUCUCUGACAGUGCCGCUGAGCAGGAGGAGGAAGUGGUGCCUCAAGCUUCCCAAGCUUCAAACAGACUGAGCAAAAGAGAGAAGAACCACCUGAAGAGUCUCCGAAGGAAACAGAGGCGGAGAGAGCGAUGGUUGCAUAGUCAGCUGGAGCAGGUGGGGAGUGUGAGCAGUUCACAGCUGGACAGUGAGGAGGAGGACAGAGAGGGCAUCACCUGUGCCGUGUGUCUUGACGUCUACUUCAGCCCGCUCAGCUGUCAGCCCUGUGGUCACAUCUUCUGUGAGCCGUGUCUUCGCACUCUUGCCAAGAACAGGCCAACACACACGCCCUGCCCUCUCUGCCGCGCGCUCAUCUCACACACCAGCUCCCACAAAGAGCUCGACCAAACUGCAAAGACACUUUUCCCGAAGGUCUACUACACCCGCAAACAAAACUUCCAGAAUGCCCCAUGUGCAAAGUGGCCUCUGCCCAGCUUUCACAAACACUUCCAUGCUUUCUGGGGAUUACAGAGACGGCCAGCGAUGCGAAGGAGGCACUGGCACCUUGCCCAUGGAGGCCUCAUGCUGGACGCUAUGGACUUCAACGACACCCGCGGCUGGCUCUUUGACAUCGGCCUGGUCAUCAUCUACGUCCACUCAGUCAGCUGGAUUCUGGCUUUCUUGUGCCUCUGUUUCAUCAUGUACUACUUUUUCUUUUAAAACACUGAGUAACACUCAGGAGUUUGCAGUCCUGGUUUAUCUGGCUUCUGUUUAUUUGAAGAGAGUGUUUUUUUUUUUCUCGUUUCACCUUUUGGCAAAUGUUGAACAGUCAAACCUGAUAUUUCAGUGUUAAAAUAUGUCAAAGGUGGUCAAGACAGAUGUGGAAUCUUGAAAUGUGUGAAAGCAUUUGUCCCUGCAAGUUUAGAUGAGAAGGCUCACGUCAGUCUUGAUUAGCUUCACUUAGCUUGAAGUUAACACUAGAACCGCCAACAAUGCAGUACCUUCUUGAACCGCCAGGAGGUCAUUAUGACCUCGCACCACUUCAGGCUUUAUAAUUGCAAAUUAGAAGUCUGUUACAGGAAUGUUUGGUCAUUUUUUCAAAAUAGCAUGUAAAAAUGGAUGAAAUAAAAC